AUGUCGAAAGAACUUAUCAAUGUUGAACUAGUUGGUAUUCCAUUUUCUACAUUUACUCGAACGAUUCGUUUAGGACUUGAAGAAAAAUCUAUUCCAUACAAAUUAAUCUUUGCACUACCACAUACAGAUGUUGCAAAUAAAUAUCAUCCAUUUGAACGUAUACCUAGUUUCAAUUUUGAAUAUGAUGGUGAAAAACAAACAUUAAUUGAAAGUGCAGCUAUUACCAAUUUUAUUGAUGCUAUUUGGCCUGAAAUUCCUCUUCGACCAUCUCGUAUUUCAUCGGAUUUAAAUGAUAUUUUUACAAAUGCUCGUAUUGAUGAACUGAUUUCAAUAGCUUCUAAUUAUGUUUUUAACAGUGUUGAACCACCAGUUGUUAAAGCUCGUCUCAAAUUUGAAAAAGAUCAAAAACAAGAAAAUGAAAUUGUUUGUCUACUUACUGAUUCUGUACAGCAACUUCAUCAAAUUCUUACUAAACUUGAACAAUAUUCUGCACUUAAAGACAACAAACAAUUUCUUGCUGGUGAUAAUAUAACAUGGGCAGAUUUUUUUUGCUAUCCACCUUUAGCUGAUCUCCGUGCUAUUAAUGAAGGAAAAUGUAUUCAAGGAGAAUCGGCACAAUUAACCAAAUUAGCUGCAUGGAUGAAUCGAAUGGAAACUAUAGAAAGUGUAAAGAAAACAAUGAAAGAUACUUUACAAGAUGGUUGGAGACCACCAUUUCUUAGACUUUAA